AUGCCGGCCAUGGCGCUGAAGCUUUUCAAGCGCGGGCAGACCGUGCUGCUCAUGCUGCCCGACGGCGGCAUGCGCAUCUACGCGGACGCCGUGCGCGUGGCGCGCGUGAUGAAGGACUAUCCGGGCUUCAUGGUCGGAUCGCACAACUCCGCGCGCCUGCACCUGCCGCCCGAGAAGCUCCUGCGACCCGGCAACUCCUACUUCCUCCACGCGCCCUCGGAGACCGAUCCAGACACUGCCGUGCCCCCGCCGAACCUUGAUACCACUGGCGGAUUGGCUGAAUAUACCCGCGACUAUGGCGACUAUAACGUCGACGAGAGCUCGCCAGAUCAACGGUCGCCCGCGGGCGGCGCAUCGUGGACGGCGAAAGAGUUGCGCCGCGCAAGCAUCUCUCUCCAUUCAUCAACAGCCGCCCGUCCAUCUUUGCCGUCUCGCGCUAACUCCGCGCCGCGCUACAGCCUCGACGUGCGCAACGAUGGCCGCGGCGGCAUCCGACGCAGCUUCUCAGCCAAAGACCUGGAGAACGUGCCGAUUCCACUGCCGCCGCCGGCGCUUGCGCCGGCUCCGCCAGCCCCGGCUCCUAAGCGACCUGCGGCAUCACGACUGGGAGGCUCGUCGUCUGGUUACCUGCCGCGAACGUUCCCCGCCGCUGAUUCCAGCCAGCCCGCCAGCCCAUGUGGUCCUCCCCGGCUGACUCGGCGCGCUUCGCUCGCCAUGGACAUGUCGUCCCUCCCCCUCUCCCCCUCCUCCCUCGCUCCCCCGCAAUCGUUCCGCCGUCUUCCCCCGAACUUCCAAGCGCAGGACGUCCCCCCCACGCCCGCGGUUCCUCCGCGCCUGCUGUGUGCGGGGGAUGUGCGCAUCGCGCUGGGCGCCAGCAUGGGCAAGUCGCUGAGCUUCCCGGAUUUCGCGGGUCUAGAGAGCGGUGACGUGGCGCUACGCGCGCAGCCGGGCUCGCGGAUGGCCCGGGUAGACAGCGGAGGCGGAAGCGGAGACUGGGGAAGCGGGGAAAGCAGUCCGCAGGCGAUCUGGGAGUGCGAAGAGGAGGAGGGGAUAAUGGAACGGAGCAGCAGCGGCGGCGGCGGCGGCGGCGGCGGCGGCGGCGGCAGCUUAAGCCGCAGGCGCUCGGGUGUUCCCAGUAGAUACGCCGCCCCUGAGCCACAGUUGCCGCCGCUGCAGCCACAGCAGCAGAGAGCGUGGAAGGCAGGACAGUACGGGCAGCUCACUCCGCCCACUGAGUCUGGUCCGCUCCCCCCUAUCUCCACGCACGCGCCCACCUUUUCCCCCUUGUCCCCCUGCCAGCACUCCCCCAGUGUGUUCUCGCCUCUCACCCGCUCUGCCCACCACCACUCUCACUUUCACCAGGUGCAGCUGCAGCAGGGGCUGUAG